GGGUCGACAGUUUCCUGAAUAGCCUAGAGAGUCACUUGGGCUGCAAAGAUGUUGGAAGAAGAUAUGGAGGUGGCCAUCAAGGUGGUGGUAGUAGGAAAUGGAGCUGUUGGAAAGUCCAGUAUGAUUCAGCGAUAUUGCAAGGGGAUUUUUACCAAAGACUACAAGAAAACUAUUGGUGUAGAUUUCCUGGAAAGACAAAUCCAAGUUAAUGAUGAAGAUGUCAGGCUAAUGUUAUGGGACACUGCGGGUCAAGAAGAAUUUGAUGCAAUAACUAAGGCCUACUAUAGAGCAUUGUGCAGUUUAGAUCUCUGCCUUCGAGAUAUUUUUACCGAAGAGUCUGCUGUGAAACAGGACGUUGUCAUCCUGCGGAUCUGCAUCAUAGACGGCGUGAUGGAUGUAUUAACAGUUCAAGCUAUUAGAUACAGGGACAGUUUUGCACUAAACUUUGACUCGG